AUAAAAUGUACUUGUAUGAAAUAUAAAAACUGUUGUUGUUUUUUUAUUCCAGAUAUAAAUGAAUUGAAUUUACCCAAAACAUGUCAAGUAGAUUUCCCAGACCCUGAUGAUCUUCUAAAUUUCAAGCUUGUGAUAAGCCCAGAUGAGGGGUUUUAUAGAGGCGGCAGAUUUGUUUUUAACUUCAAAGUUGGCCAAGGGUAUCCACAUGAUGCUCCGAAGGUGAAAUGUGAGACAAUGGUGUACCAUCCCAACAUAGAUUUGGAAGGAAAUGUUUGCCUCAAUAUUUUAAGAGAAGACUGGAAACCAGUUUUGACAGUAAAUUCAAUAGUGUACGGAUUGCAGUAUUUAUUUCUGGAGCCAAAUCCAGAGGAUCCAUUGAAUAAAGAGGCAGCAGAGGUUCUUCAAAACAAUAGACGAUUAUUUGAACAAAAUGUUGCAAAAUCUAUGCGCGGGGGCUAUAUAGGAUCUGUUUACUUUGACCGAUGUUUAAAAUGAAACAUUUAGAUUUUUUGCACACUGAUUGAUCUUUUUUUUCUGAAUAGUUUUGAGUGAAAGAGUCCUGAAAGAAGUGCUUGACAGUUUAAGGUACACAAGUGCAAACGUAAUUGAUAAUUCAGGUGUCUGUAAACAGUGCUUGAUAGCAACAACGUAUUGUCAUUGUUUAAUAUUUUGAAUUGGUGUUUAAAAGCCCUAUAUCUCUUGUGUUUGAUGUACAGUUCUAUUAUUUAAUGCUUACUUUGUGUUUAAAAUAUGCCAGUGCUAGAUCAAUGUCAUGUCAUUAGUGAUGAUGGCAUAUUACAGUUGAUGAUGUCAUGUUACUAGUGAUGAUGUCAUAUUGCAGUUGAUGAUGUCAUGACACUAAAGAUGAUGUCAUACUCAUAUUACAGCUGAUGAUGUCAUGACACUAGUGAUGAUGUCAUAUUGCAGCUGAUGAUGUCAUGUCACUAGUGAUGAUGGCAUAUUACAGUUGAUGAUGUCAUGUUACUAGUGAUGAUGUCAUAUUGCAGUUGAUGAUGUCAUGACACUAAAGAUGAUGUCAUACUCAUAUUACAGUUGAUGAUGUCAUGUCACUAGUGAUGAUGUCAUAUUACAGCCUAUGAUGUCAAGUCAAUUUCAGGAUUUUAUUUUCACCUAUAAAAUAAAAUGUUAAUAAUUUAAUCAUUUUUUGAGUUAACUUGAAAGAACUUAGUAUGAUAUUUUAUUUAAAGCUAAAAUGAAAUCAAGUUUAUAUUAGAUCUCUAUUUCUUAAAUAUUUUGGACAAAUGUAUUAAUACAACUUUUAAGUUAUAUGGCAAUUCCUAUCUUUUAUAAUUUUAUGUCAGUUGUGAUGUCAUGACAUUAGUGAUGAUGUCAUUUUGUUUGAAUUUUCAAUUCUUCUUCUUGUUCAGACACCUGUUAUAAAGUAGGUGUUUAAAUAUAAAAUGUUGAUUACGUUGUCAAUUACAUGUCAAUUUGAAAGACCUUAUAUCUAGUGUUAAUUAAAUAAAUGUGGGGUCUUAAUGUCAAUUACAUGUCAAGUUGAAGGACUCUAUAUUGUUACAGCUUAGAUUGAAUUUAAUAAUUUUGUGGUAUUUAUGUCAAUUACAUGUCAAUUAAAUAAUUAUUUGAAGGACUCUAUAUUGUAACAACCUAGAUUUGGGGAUCUUGAGUAUAUUUGUUGUUUUAAAUUUAUUGUGUCUUGUUUCGGAUAACAUCUGUAAGUUUUGCAUUUGGAUAAGAGCAUAGCUUGCCUCCUAGGGGAGCAUUGUUGUGCAUAUUGAGAGUGUUUUGUAUUAUUUAUAAGUCAGGAAAAUGAGAGUAGAUGUAUUCUACACCUUGAUAAUUCUUAUUUUAGACAAAACAAGGAAAUAAAGUUCAUGUAGCAAUAUUUUGUAAAUUUAAUGGACUAUUAAUUAAAACAGUUUUUUUUUUUCUCACAAUUUUCUUCAUGCAAUUUAAUCAUUUUCAGGACAGGGUUGUCUGUAAACCAAAGGUGGCCUUUUAUCAGGACUACUGCUAUGAAAAAAUUAAAGCAUACCUUUUUUUCGUGUUGGAAAAUUUUGACUUACCGUACAUAACAAUUUUGUAAUUUUUUUCUUUUUUCGAAUUACUGAUUGAAAACUCAAUUAUUUAGAUUGUUAAUAAGUAUAACAUUGAUACCUGUACUGAAAUAAACAUCUUAUAUAAAUA